AUGGACGGCGGAGCGAGCGGCGCGGCACCACCGACCGACACGGAGAUGUCGGAUGCGCAGCCGGCGGCGGCAGCCCCUCCCGCCGACCCGAACCAGCAGGUCCCGCCACCUGGAGGGAUCGAUAACAUCCCGGCGACGCUCAGCCACGGAGGCCGGUUUAUCCAGUACAACAUCUUCGGCAACAUUUUCGAGGUCACCGCCAAGUACAAGCCUCCAAUCAUGCCUAUCGGAAAGGGCGCCUACGGAAUCGUCUGCUCGGCUUUGAACUCGGAGACUGGGGAGCAUGUGGCGAUAAAGAAGAUUGCCAAUGCUUUCGAUAACAAGAUUGAUGCCAAGAGGACGCUUCGCGAGAUCAAGCUGCUUCGUCACAUGGACCACGAAAACGUGGUUGCUAUCAGGGAUAUAAUUCCUCCACCCCAGAGGGAGGUAUUCAAUGAUGUGUAUAUAGCAUAUGAGUUGAUGGACACGGAUUUACAUCAGAUUAUCCGGUCGAAUCAAGGAUUGUCAGAGGAGCACUGCCAGUAUUUCUUGUACCAGAUUCUUCGUGGAUUGAAAUACAUCCAUUCAGCAAACGUCCUGCACAGAGAUUUAAAACCGAGCAAUCUUCUCCUGAAUGCAAACUGUGACUUGAAGAUUUGUGAUUUUGGGCUUGCUCGUGUUACCUCUGAAACUGAUUUUAUGACUGAGUACGUCGUUACAAGAUGGUACCGAGCUCCUGAGUUGUUGCUGAACUCGUCUGACUAUACUGCUGCUAUUGAUGUGUGGUCGGUUGGUUGUAUUUUUAUGGAGUUGAUGGACCGGAAGCCCCUGUUUCCUGGCAGAGAUCAUGUCCACCAGCUUCGCUUGUUAAUGGAGCUCAUUGGCACACCUACGGAGGCUGAGCUAGGGUUCCUAAAUGAAAAUGCAAAGAGAUACAUUCGACAGCUUCCUCUCUAUCGGCGACAAUCAUUCACUGAGAAGUUUCCAACUGUUCACCCAUCAGCCAUUGAUCUCGUCAAAAAGAUGCUGACAUUCGAUCCCAGACAGAGAAUAACAGUUGAAGACGCACUUGCUCAUCCGUACUUAAACUCUCUCCACGACAUCAGUGACGAGCCAGUGUGCAUGACUCCAUUCAGUUUUGACUUCGAGCAGCGUGCACUGUCCGAAGAACAGAUGAAGGAGCUGAUUUACAGGGAGGCCCUGGCAUUCAACCCCGAUUACGACUCUUCUUCAUCUGCCUUCGAUCCAGGUGCCUUCCAAUGA